UUUGCAUGGCUGUGUAUAGCAUAGCUAUGCAAAGCAGUGUGCUUACAGUGAAGCACUAACACAGCACACCGUUAUAGAUGGCACACAGCACAGGUAACCCUUUCAUCUCCCCACAUGUUAACCCCUUCCUGCCCAAUGCCAUUAGUAAAGUGUCAGUGCUUUUUAUUAGCACUGAUCAUUGUAUUGGUGUCACUGGGGAUGUCAGUGACACCAAGUCAGUUCCCCCCAGUGUCGCAAAUCCCGCAGUCCCGCUAUAAGUCACUGAUUACCCAUUACUAGUAAAAA